AUCCCCACGAAACCCAACACUCCCACAACUACAUACAUGCACACACACGCACACACACAGAGAGGCAACUACAGCACAACACAAGAGCUCUUUAUGGGGAAUUACGUCACUUCGUGCUCCGCCCCCAACGGCGCCGCGGCCACGGCGGCGCUCGUGUGCGCCGACGGGGUGCUACGCCGCGUCGGAGCCCACUCGGCGGUGGCGGAGCUCAUGAUCGAGGCCCCCGGACACGUGGUGGCACGUGCCGACGAGGUGGUCCGGACGCGGCGCGCGGGGGCGAUGCGCGCCGAGGAGCAGCUCAGGCCCCGGGAGGUUUACCUGCUGCUGCCGGUGGAGAGGGCCGGGUCCAGGCUCACCGACCGGCAGGUGGAGGUUCUGGUCGAGGCGAUUGAGGGUGCGAAGAGGAAAGGAAAGAAGGGCAAGAGCGGCGGGGACGGGAGACGGGUGUUCCCGGAAGUAGCCGGUAAGGAGGAGGAGGCGACCGAAGAAAACUCGGAACGGGAGGGGGAAUUCGAAGGGAGGAUCGCCGGUUUUGCCGGUCUACGGGUCGGUGCGUCCCGACAUUGGAGGCCCGUGCUCGACACCAUUCACGAGUCCAAUUAGACUUUUUAGAUAGAAUUCAUUAAUUUCUUUUCUUUUUUUUUUCGAAAGAGGAAAUUUAUUAAUUCUUUCAUUUUUUUAUGUGAUUAAAUAAUACAACUUGGUAUAGAAAUACGUGAGAUAUAUUGUAUGUUCAUACACAAUUAAUUGUCCAAUUUUGUUGACUAAAUCAAGCACGACUGAGCCAUAUUGAAUGAA